AUGAAACCAAUUCUUUUCCUUCUUUGUUCUUUUCUCUCUUUUUUUCUCUCUCCCUCCCUCUCUCCCUCAAAUAGGGUUUGGUCAGCUUCCUCUUCUUUCCUUCCUAAAGGCGGAGAAGUAGUCUUCUCUUCUUUUGCCAUUAUUCCUUAUUUGCUCACCUUGGAAUUUCAGGUGUCUAUCAAUAGUUCAGGGAAUUUUAAGUAUCUGUCAAUCCUUCAAGGAAUUUCAAAUGUCUGUCGAUUCUUCACUACUCCCUCUCUCCCCUCACUUUCUCCUUCUGUCACAACUCACUCUCUCCAUCUCUCUCUACUCUAUCUACACUUCUCUCUCACUACUCUAGCUACAUUUAUCUCUUUCUUAUUUCUCUACUCUAGUUACACUUCUCCCCCACUACUCUCCACUCUCUCUCUAUUGAUUUUCUCUAUUUACACCUUCCCUUUAUCUCCAACACUAAAAUUUCUCCCUCUCUCUCCCUCUUUUUUAAAAAACAACUCCCUCUCUCUCUCCUCUGCUUCCAAAUCUCCCUUUUCUCCUCUAAUUGAAAAUUCCCUCUCUUUUUUUAAUCUACACCUCUCCCCUCUUCUACUCUUCUCUCUCCCUCUAACUCUAUUCUUUUCUUCCUCUUCUAUCUCCCUCUCUACUCUAGCUACUCUCUCACCACUCUAUUAUUUUCUCUUCCCCUCCCUUCACGCUCGCUUAUUCUGCUCUAUUUUCCUCUCUCUUUCAACUUUCUUCUUUACUCUCUUCUUUCUUCCUUACUCUCCUUUAUCAUUCUCUCUCUCUCUUAUUUUUAUCACUCUCUCUCUAUUUUUAUUUCUCUUCCUUUUUCCUCCUCCUAAUUUUUACCCCUUCUUUUCCUUCUCUCUAAGGAGAUUGUAUCAGAUCCUCCAUUUCUAUAAUCAUCUUCUUCCAACUCAAGAAAAUAAAACUCAUGAUGUUUGCAUCCAGCUGCUGUUUAUUGUCAUAGCUUGCAUUCUUUUUGAUUUCACUUCAUUUUCCUUGCCUUUAUUUUCUUUUUGA